AUGCACAAGAAUUCCUCCAAUCCAGAGAACUGGUCCAUCCACAUCGUGGCGCUGGGGAACGAGGGGGACACGUUCCACCAGGACAACCGGCCCUCGGGGCUCAUCCGCACCUACCUGGGGAGGAGCCCGCUGGUCUCGGGGGACGAAAGCAGCUUGCUGCUGAACGCGGCCGGCACGGUCGCGCGUCCCGUGUUCACCGAGUACCAGGCCAGCGCGUUUGGAAACGUCAGGCUCGUGGUCCACGACUGCCCCGUCUGGGACAUUUUCGACAGUGACUGGUACACCUCUCGCAAUCUGAUCGGGACCGCUGACAUCAUUGUGAUCAAGUACAACGUCAAUGACAAGUUUUCGUUCCAUGAGGUCAAAGAUAAUUAUAUUCCAGUGAUCAAAAGGGCACUGAAUUCGGUUCCAGUGAUCAUCGCUGCUGUUGGCACCAGGCAAAAUGAAGAACUACCUUGCACCUGCCCGCUGUGCACCUCGGACCGGGGUAGCUGCGUCACCACCACCGAGGGGAUCCAGCUGGCCAAGGAGCUUGGAGCCACCUACCUCGAGCUGCACAGUCUCGACGACUUCUACAUCGGGAAGUACUUCGGGGGAGUGUUGGAGUAUUUUAUGAUUCAAACCUUGAAUCAGAAGACAAGUGAAAAAAUGAAGAAAAGAAAAAUGAGCAGCUCCUUCCACGGAAUUAGACCACCUCAGCUUGAACAGCCAGAGAAAAUGCCGGUCCUGAAGGCGGAGGCGUCGCACUACAACGCGGACCUCAACAGCCUGCGGCUGUGCUGCCAGUGUGUGGACGUGGUCUUCUAUCACCCGGACCUCAGCGACGUCGUGGAGGCGCACAAGAUCGUGCUGUGCGCCGUGAGCCACGUCUUCAUGCUGCUCUUCAACGUCAAGAGCCCCGCCGACAUCCAGGACGCCAGCAUCGUGCGCACCGCCCAGGACCUCUUCGCGGUCACCCGGGACAGCGCGCCCUUCGCGGGCAGCGCGGCCCACGAGGGGGCCGGCAACCCGCCGCUGCGCGUCUGCGUCAAGGACGCCCUCUUCUGCUCUUGCCUCUCCGACAUCCUGCGCUUCAUUUACUCCGGUGCUUUUCAGUGGGACGAACUGGAGGAAGAUAUCAGGAAGAAGUUGAAAGAUUCUGGAGACGUUUCCAACGUGAUCGAGAAAGUCAAAUGCAUCUUGAAAACCCCGGGGAAGAUUAAUUGUCUACGGAACUGCAAAACCUACCAAGCCAAGAAGCCUCUGUGGUUCUACAACACUUCCCUCAAGUUUUUCCUCAACAAACCGAUGCUCGCUGACGUGGUCUUUGAAAUACAAGGUACGACGGUGCCCGCCCACAGGGCCAUCCUGGUGGCACGCUGUGAGGUGAUGGCUGCCAUGUUCAAUGGUAACUACAUGGAAGCCAAGAGCGUCCUGAUCCCUGUUUACGGCGUUUCCAAGGAGACGUUCCUGUCGUUCCUAGAGUACCUGUACACAGACGCGUGCUGCCCAGCUGGCAUCUUCCAGGCCAUGUGUCUACUCAUCUGUGCCGAGAUGUACCAGGUGUCCCGGCUGCAGCACAUCUGCGAGCUCUUCAUCAUCACGCAGCUGCAGAGCAUGCCCAGCCGCGAGCUGGCCUCCAUGAACCUCGACAUCGUGGACCUGCUCAAGAAGGCCAAGUUCCACCACUCGGACUGCCUUUCUGCCUGGCUGCUUCAUUUCAUCGCCACCAACUACCUCAUCUUCAGCCAGAAGCCUGAAUUUCAGGAUCUUUCAGUGGAAGAGCGCAGUUUUGUGGAAAAGCACAGAUGGCCGUCGAAUCUGUACUUGAAGCAGCUUGCGGAAUACAGGAAGUAUAUUCACUCCCGGAAGUGUCGCUGCCUGAUAAUGUAACCGGGAGUUUUUUUUUUUUUUUUUUUUUUUACUUUUAUUACUGUUAGGAAAAAUGGGAACCCACUGAAUUCCUGAAAAUUCUUACCACGGAAACUAGUGCAGGUGUCCAAAACAAAAAUUGCAGAGCUCAGUGCAUCUACUAGUUCUCUUUGGAAAAAGAAAAAAAAAAAUGAUUGUGAUCUAAAAGGGAACAGACUGUGCUUAGGGUAGACGCGGCUAAGGCUUCCCAAGCAGCUGUCCAUAGGAUAACCUGCUUCCCUUAGGGUAACCUGCUGCUCCCCCUCCCAGCUAAGAAUUCGUUCUGCCUUUUCUAACUGUCGCAUAGGGCUCAUUUCAGAAACGCUAUCCUAUCAGGUUAAUUGCUCUAUUUAAAAGAAGGAUCGUUGCAAGACUCAGCAUAACUGAGACUCGUCGAGCCACAGGUGAUUUCCAGGGUUUGGAAUGUGAAAUGUUCGAGUAAUCGUCCCGACAAUUGUGCAUCUCACCCGGACAGGCCAGCCGAAUCACCCGCGUGCUCCCAGGGCCGGGGACGAGGCGGGAACCCCGUGCAGGGCUGGCUUGAUCAGUGUGCAGCCUGUGGGAUCGGGACCGCUCGAGGCCGCACACUUGCUGCAACUCUUGUCACCGGCAUUUCAGCAUGUUCGUGUUUGAAAAAGGGCCCUCUCCCCCUGCUCCCGCCACCUUCUAUGCAUCUCUCGGCAGGAAAUAUUCCAUAUUUUCUUGUCCCAAGAUUGUUUUCCCCUAAAAGUAGGAAAGGGGCCGAGAUCAAGGGAAGGUGCCCCCCCUCGGGAACUUCCGCCACCAUCAGGGGCAAGAGAAGCAUGUGUUGUGUUGUCUUAUUUUGAAAAUGCUCACAGUCGCUGCUCCAUCAUGGGUGGACCACAAGGCAAAGGCGCUUUUUAGAGAAUGUGCUAUGGAAGACUCCAGACUUUUCAAGUAUGUUUGCUUACGAUUUGGAUGUCAGUGGGUUGAAUGGUUUUUUGAGCAUCACAGUUAUUCAAUGCGGAAUGGCAUGAAGCUGUGUUGCAAGGUGGCACAGAAAAAAGAGAGGCUAAAAUCAGAGAUGUGUUACAUGUACAGAGUGGCAGUGGGUAGAGGGCAGUAUUCUAGUUUCUCCCAAAUCUCCUAUAUUCAGAAAUCAUGCUAUCAGAAGCCAAGACAGCUAGAGACGGAAAUACAGGUUGUUUUC